AUGUCACUUCAAAGAUUACGAUAUCGACCCCGACGUCCUUUUUGGCAGCUUCCUCAACAUCGAUUGCCAGUUUUAUCCCUUUACAAAACGUUGCUCAGAUUAUCCAAAACAUUUCCUAAUGAUAUUCACAAGAAAUACUUAUACUUUGCUAUUCGUGAAAAGUUUAGAUCUAGACGCUAUGAAACCUCAGUGAUGUCAACUAUCAAGCAUUUAAAAGAAGCACAAGAAUGUCGGCUCACUUUACAAAAAGCAUUGCAAGGUGAUAAAGAAUCUUUUAAACAUAUUGAUGACCUAGCAUGGGGUAGGAAAGGUAGGCUCAAAAAAGUGUUGGAAGUACAAAAAAUUCAUAAACUAGUUUAUGAUACUCGAACCGUUCAAUCACGCAUGAUUGAUCCGCAUCGUGCGUACAGAGUUCCUCUAGAUCCACGUUUAUAUAAGCCACCAAGAGUACGUUUCUUUCGAAGAAAAAGAUGGCUAAAAAAAAAGCAUAAAUGGCGAGAAGGACUCGUAAAGUAUACAAUAGUCACACAGUUAGGAUAUAGACUUCAGAGAAUAAGAGGAUGGCGUCAACCUACUUGGAUUUCUAUGAUGAUGAAUAAACGCAUAAGACAACAUCAGAAACGAAUUGACAGAUUUCGAGAAUUAGAAUCUUAUCUCGAGAUGGUUAAGGGAGAAGAAGUAAUGUUGAAGACUUUGAAUCCUAAGCUAAACAGAGAAAUGGAAGGAUUCGAUAAACUUAUUAUACAAGAGAUGAUUGAUAGCAGAAAAUUCUAUGAGAACAUGAUGAAACGCGAGAAAAAAGCCAAAUUGGAUGACAACAUUUGA